AUGCAAAAAGCAGUCCCGAAAUACCACCCCGUCGCUACCUCGGCAGCGUCCGUUACAGUUCAACAACACACCGCGCCAGCAAAUGUCGUCCUUUGGGCGGGCUGGUUCUGUCCAUUUACGCAGCGCGUAUGGGUUGUGCUCGAGGAGCUUGGCGUUCCGUAUCAAUACAAGGAGGUGAAUCCUUACCUCAAGGAGCCCUCCUUUCUCACAGAAAUCUCUCCAAAGGGAUUGACGCCUGGGCUUUGUGUAGAUGAAAAGCCGCUUCAUGACUCCGUCGUGAUCAAUGAGUUCCUAAACGAAGAAUUCGGCUCGAAUCAACUACUCAUGCCCAAAGACGCCUACCAACGGGCCAUGGCCAGACUCUGGAUUGACUACGUCAACAAAGAGGUCGUCCCGGCCUUCUUUCGACUCUUGCAAGCUCAGCCAUCCGAGCCCGAAAAGCAGGCAGCUGCUCUCGCAGACUUCAGAACGUUGCUCUCGGCAGUCUCCAAGGAAGCCAAAGGCCCGUAUUUCUUUGGCGAGCAAUUCAGCCUCGUCGAUGCUGCGAUCGCGCCAUGGGCUGUGCGCGACUUUAUCAUCGGAGAAGUUCGGGGAUUUGCUCGUACAGACGUGCAGGGGUGGAAUGAAUGGGCGACGGCAUUGGAGACGAGGGCCAGUGUUGAGCGAACCACGAGUGUGAAUGAAAUACUCGAGUUCAACAGCACGUUUCUUCAGAACGAAGGCAAGAGUCUGGCAGGAAAAGCGGCAGCCGGGGGGCAAGUAUUGCCUUAG